AUCUGCAGAAUUCCUCGUGUUUGCACCCGGAGGAAAUGCAGGUGGCAGUGGGAAGAACAUACAAACUCCUUACAGACAGCACCGGAAAUGAACUCCAAACUCCAUUGUCUGAUCCAAUGCUGAAAGUAUCUAAAGCAAGGUGGUACUGCUGGGGCUUUAUAAGGCAAUGGUCAGACCACAAGUGGAGAAUGUUGGGCAGAUUCAGGCCCUUUAUCUCAGAAAAGUUAUGCUGGAAUUGGAGAGGGUCUAGAGGAGGUUCACAAGAAUUAUCCCAAGAAUUAAGUGGUUAACAUAUGAGGAGCUUUUGAUGGCUCUGGGCCUGUACUUGCUGGGGUGCAAAAGACUGGUGGAGGAUCUCAUUGAAACCUAUCGAAUAUUGAAAGGCCUAGACAGAGUGGUCACUGGAGAGGAUGGGAGAGUCUAGGACCAGAGGGCACCCUCAGAACAGAGUGACGUCCAUUUAGAACAGAGAUGAGGAUCAUUUUCUUUAGCCAGAAGGUGGUGAAUCUGUGGAAUUCAUUGCCACAGACAGUCACCAAGUCAUUGUGUAUAUUUAAAGCAGAGGUUGAUAGGUUCUUGGUUAGUCAGGGCAUCAAUAGUUACAGGGAGAAGGCAGGAGAAUGGGGUUGAGAGGGAUAUUAAAUCAGCUACGGUAGAACGGACUCGACGGGCCGAAUGACCUAAUUCUGGUCCAAUGCCUUAUGGCCUUAAGAUAAUGGGAAGGGGCGCCACUCUGAAUCAAUAACUUCUUUGCCACCUGACUGAUUCUUGUGUGUCGGUGUCACUUUAAGACAAGUUUCAUAUUCGCCUGUGGUGGGAGGGAGAGAGAAAGGCUUUUGCACACGCCCACGGCACCCAGAGCGCUUGGUAAAGGAGAAACUGCAGAUACGGGCAAACUAACGGAGACGUAGGCAGGGAAUUGUGUUUUCUUUAAAAAGUUUUAAAAAUGAUGAAGAAACAGUUUAAUCGGAUGUUACAGCUGGCAAACCAUACCGCAGGAAGAACCGAGAAUUCUCUGCUUCUCACCGAGGACCUCAUCCAGUUCGAGAACAGGAUCGAACCCGCGAGGCGCGCCACAUCCAACACGCACAAGAAGCUGCAGGCCUGUCUUCAGGGUCAACAGGGGUCAGAUCUCGAGAGACGCCUGAAAAAGAUGCCGCUGAUGGUGUUGUCACAGUGUAUGGGAGACAGCUGUAGAGAGCUGGACAGUGAGUCAUACAUUCGGAAAAUGUUGGAGGUGUGCUGCUACGUGGAAGGUACUUUGGCAAAGGUGCGCGUUGAACACGAACUCCAGCUGGAGAGAGAAAUCCUGGACCCGCUCUUUAAGCUAUCCGAGGAGGAGCUGCCCAACAUUCUCAAACACAAGAAGCAGCUUGCCAAACUGACGCAGGACUGGACAGCAGCAAAGAAUCGGCUGUCGCAGGCGACAAAGUCAGCCAACGCAGGAGCAGCUGCUCAGUCUCAGAUGGCGAAGGUGGACCUCCUCAAGGAAGAGGUGGAGGAAAUCUGGAGAAAAGUCGAGCUAUCCAAGGAUGAGUACGCUGCUGACCUGUACCACUUCGCCAGCAAAGAGGAGGAAUACUCCAACUACUUUUACCUGCUGAUGGAGGCCCAGGCAGAUUACCACAGGAGGUCGCUGGAUGCUCUGGACACUCUGCUGCCGACACUGAAGACCAGCACCAACACACCAGCCGUCAGCCCCAAGAACCCCGCCUUCGGACGCCCGCUGGAGGAGCACCUGGAGAGCCGUGGGCAGGACAUCGCCCUCCCCAUCGAGGCCUGCGUCAUGAUGCUGCUGGAGAAAGGGAUGAAAGAAGAGGGCCUGUUCCGACUGGCAGCUGCAGCUUCUGUUCUGAAGCGUUUAAAAUCCGCGCUGGACAGUGGUUCCUUUGACCCGCAGGAGUUUAAUUCAGACCCACAUGCCGUGGCGGGUGCACUGAAGUCUUACCUCCGUGAAUUACCUCAGCCGCUCAUGACGUUUGACCUUUACGAUGAAUGGUUUCAAGCUGCCAGUGAGAAAGAUCUUCCUAAGCAGAUAGAACAGCUGAGAGACGUGUGUGCCAAGAUGCCUGCAGAAUCCUACAAGAACUUGCGGUAUCUCAUUAAAUUUUUGGCGAAAUUGGCCGAAUACCGGGAUGUGAACAAAAUGACGCCCAGCAACAUUGCCAUUGUGCUAGGGCCAAAUCUUCUCUGGCCCAGGAAUGAAGGGAAGGUGUCAAUGAUGGACAUGGCAUCGGCAUCUUCGGUUCAAGUAGUGUCCGUCAUCGAGCCCAUCAUACAGAACGCGGACAGCAUCUUCCCUGAAGAUUUGGAUUUCAGUGUGUCAGGAAUGUUCGGCCCAAGUUCCCUGUACUCGAGUUACACAGCUCCGAAGAAAGAGAGUGUCUCGAUGGAGCCGACACAGACUGCAGCCCCACCAGUCAAGGAGGUCGCGGUGCAGAAGGAAGAGUGCUUGAGCGAGGAACAGCCCCCGGUCCCCCCACCGUCACCACCCUCGCCCGUGGCCGAGGGGCCCAGCAAAGUGGAAGCCCGACCGAACCAGACCCCAUCCGUCCAGGCCGAGGUUACCACCGGCCAGAAUCCUAACAACUCGGCGAAGAAAGCAAAGAAACCAGGCCCCACCAGACCAUCCUACCCUCCCCCACAACAGCCGAAAGCCAAUCUGCCGUGGACCUCGAAGCCAGUCUGCAGCACCCUAACCCACACCAGCGAGGACAGGGUGUCCAUCGGCCGCAGAGCCACCACCGGUCCGGUCCGAGUGCCCGCGGUACCUCCCCCUCCCGUUCCCGCUCCUCGCUCCCACCUGCGGACCACCAGCCUGGAUUUGCCCAGCGCAACAGCGGCGGACGGCCUGCAGCCGGGGUCCAAGGACAAGGGCAAACAGACGCUGGAGGCCCUGAUCAAGCGGACCAUUCCCGAAACCCUGUCCUCCCACCCUCGCCACCCGCUGGUCAGCUGGGACAAGCAGCCAGAGGCAAUGCCCAGGAUCAGGGUUUACUCGGCCGGUCAAGUGAUGCUUUCCGGAGUGAAAUUGGAAAUGAACGGAUCUUCUUCCGAGGACAAAAGUGGCACCCCCUGUGUAAAGAGGCGCUAUGAUGCAGAAUGCUCUUUCUGGAAAAGUGACACGACAGAGGCCUUACUCACCUCGAUUGUCGCAGUCACCCCGGUCUAUCUCGUCCGUCAUAAGCCAAGGUGCCUCUGGCGGUCCCACUGGACCACAACUGCCCCCAGGUUAUCCUUGCCUGGACGCUGUCUUCAACCCUCGCCGUGCCGCAACUCGCACACUCGCGCUGGUUUACUACGCAGCAGGUUCCCAGGAGCAGUUACCAGAAGCCACCACAGAAGAGCAGUCAUGAUGAUCAUCAUCCUCCCUGUAUUCCCCCCACCCACCCAGUUCCAAAAACAGAACCUAUGAUUGGACAACGCUGGAGCACCUGCAAUACAAGUCAUUUUUAUUGGCUCCCCUUUCAUUCCAGCAUCCAAUGAGAAAGUGAUGAUUUGAGACCUGCCUGUCCCAUUGGCUAGCCCACGCCAGAGAAGCGUCCAAUCGAUUUGGGCAGAUCCUGGUUUGCCUUUUGUCGACGGGGGAAGGCCGAAGGCCUGAAGUGAGGGUGGGAGAGACUGACGUGCCCAGCAAUGACCACGACAAGUGCGAGCAGUCUGUCACCAGGCAGGAGAGAGGCAUUCCUGUUCAAGACCAGCUCCCAUCCCCAGGAAUGUUCUGCCCCCUGGCAUGGGGAUGCAAAUCCAGGAGAGAGAUCCUGAGGACUGAGUGCAGCCUCUGCCCAGACUCGGCCAGGGUGCAAAAUCAGACGCAAGAUGUUCCAAAGCCUUUCCCAUUACUGUGUAGUCUCUCCACAAAAGAUUAGCCUUAUUUGUCACACGUACAUCGAAACGUACGGCAAAAUGCGCCGUAUGCGUCAACAACCAACACAGUCCGAGGGCGUGCUGGGGGCAGCCCGCAAGUGCGCCAAGGUAGCAAGCCCACAACUUACCGACUCUAGCCUGUACGUGUUUGGAAUGUGGGAGGAAAUGCACAUCACCACGGGGAGAAGGUACAGGCUUCUUAUGGACAGCAGCAGGAAUUGAACACCGGUCUUCAUGCUGGCAGUGUAAAGCGUCGCGCUAGCCACUGCGCCUCUGUGCUGCCUGGCCCGUCCUCCCGCCGGCGCCAGCCUGGGUCGUGUGCUUGCAUUUGUGAAGUUUGCGGUGGGGGGGGGGGGUGGAGUUCAACCUCACAGCCACCCGCCUCAGGACGGAGAGUAUGACCCCCGUGAGCCAGAGCUGGCAUCUCGUGGUGAGCGCAGUGGAACACUCGGCCUGGUCUCGGCCCUCGACUGCAGCCCAGCCCGCUCUGCGGCGCAGUGAGUGGGCUUCAGGUGAGGGGUGGGACACCUCCGCCUGCCUCAGCCCUCUGACCAGAAGUGCCAUAUUCUGUACCCAGUGGCCCAGGCCCCUUUAUUUUUGUACAAAAAUAUCUCUCUGUAAAUACUACAUGAAAAGUGCCUUGUGUAAUUUAAAUAUGCCUGAUACCGCAGUAAUA